GUCAGAGACAGUAACGUGCUGGUGAGAUAGCCAACGUGAGCAAAAGCAGUGUUUCGCGCUAUUGACUGCUGUGCUAGGUACAUAGCUAUAGUCUUGUUACGACACUUACUUUCACCUCCACGCGUGUUUUCUCAGAAUCCAACUCUCUGGGCACACUGGCGUUUCCCAGCAUUGAUGGCUGCUACCUGCCGAAGCAAGAAAAUGUCUUUGUCCAUACAGUGCUGGACGAGCUGGAUGCCUAUCAACAAAAAGUUGACCAGAAGAGUAUCCUUCUCUUUCCACCUCUCCCAAGUCGACUUCGCUACUUGAUCCACAGAACGGUUGAGAACCAUCUCAACCUCAGCACCUUUUCAGUCGGGGAAGGCUGGUGUCGCCGGGUGGUAGUGUGCUUCUCCCACCUCAGGUUGCCCUCUGAGGACACCAGCGACACAGACUCCAGUGCGUAUGAGGCUCCCCGGAGCCGAGGCUAUCAGCCAAUGGAGAACAGCAGAGGGCGGGGAGGAGGGGCCGAGCACAGGCGCUCACGGGGCAGAGGAGGAGGAGGAGGAGGGGGAGGAGGGCGCCGCCCUGACAAGGCCAUCUACGUCCCGCGGGCCAUGAGGGAGAGGGGCGCCACGCCACAGGGGGUCGUCUCGCCCCCCAAGGACUGCGCCGAGAGAGUCCCCUCCAGCGCCGAGAGUGUCCCCUCCAGCGCCGAGAGAGUCCCCUCCAGCGCCGAGAGAGUCCCCUCCGAGGAGUCCUGCUCUGACACCGCCGACAGCCAACCUGCCACAGCCAAUCAGCGCUUAGGGCUGGACCCGCUUGACGAAUCGGGCGGUCAGGAAAUGUUUGUGCAGCUGUCGGCCUCAGAGCCCUGCCCCUGGCCGCCGGCGUGGGACCAGACGGUGUCGUACUUCGUGAGCAUGAGUCUGGACGACCAGGCUGAGGCUGAGGAGGAGGAGGAGGAGGAGGAGGAAGAGGAAGACGACGAGAGUGCCAAAAGCACCAGCAGCACAGGCGUACCUCCCUCCAGCGCCUCGAGCAGCAGGGACAGCGAGGCAGGAGACUGCACCCAAGAGAUCAUCUCAAAGCUGACAGAGGAAGACGUUAGCAUUGAGCACGCGCAAAAUGAUUACUCUUCCUUUGAGAAUGUGUGGAUCAAUGACGAAGAGUUUUCCCACGUCAUCGAGAUCUACAACUUCCCUGCCAUGUUUAAGGAUGAGGACCUGCUCGAUGCUUUCAGCGCCUACAGCGGCGGAGGCAUGAAGAUCAAGUGGGUCGACGACACGCAUGCACUCGGCGUAUUCUCCAGUGAAACCGCAGCUGCAGAGGCCCUGUCCAUCACACACCCCCUGCUCAAGACGCGGCCGCUCGCUCAAGCCAGCAGGAAGUCCAAAGGAAAAGCAGUCCGGCGAGCAGAGUUCAUCCAGCCGGUGAAGGAGCGUCCCCGUACAGACACGGCCGUGGCGCGCCGCAUGGUGACCCGAGCUCUAGGGCUGCAGCGCGGGGGACUGAGGGGCAAACGCUGCUGACACACCUGCACUGGGCCGCCCCGUCAAGAGUGGAACCAGAGGGAGAUCAGUGGAAACAUGGGAUCGUUCUCUCUGAUAAUCCCCUUCAAGCUACAGUAGGAUGUCUGAAACAUGGGAUCAUUCUCUCUGAUAAUCCCCUUCAAGCUACAGUAGGAUGUCUGAAACAUGGGAUCAUUCUCUCUGAUAAUCCCCUUCAAGCUACAGUACGAUGUCUGAAACGAUGUCAUCUCAUCUUGUAUCCUAAAUGUGUGCCUGCCGUCCAUCCAUCAAUUAUACUUCCUGUUUUGUUUGUUUGUUUGUUUGUUUGUUUGUUUGUUUUGUUGAAGUGCUUCUGGAUCAGCUGUGUUUAGCUGUACAUGCCUCCACUCCCCCCAUAGUUUUCAUAGGAAAUAUUACCGGUGCCAUAUUGGAACAGUGAAACACUCACAAGACAAGACACUCAUUCUCAUCGGCAGUGUGUCUGUGUAUAGUGAACGCCAUGGUGAUGGUGAUGGUGAUGACCCCUGACCCCUGCAGAACAGUGGUCUUCUAGGCAAUGGCCACGGCGUUUCUGCACUUGUGACGUUUCUGGUUCCUUAUGAGAGUCUUGCCAAAUGUAUGUCUCCUCUCAGCUCCUCGGCCAAUCAGGGAAGUGGGCUGGUAGGUCAUUCAGAACAACCAUUAAUUACCCUUUUUUUUUUUUUUUUUUUUUUCUGUACAAAACAG